AUGGAAGACACUGAUAUUCAACGCUUUUCUGAUGAAUACUCUCGCAACAAACUUAAACUUCUUCGGGAUAAAAUUGUUCAGAAAUUAUUAUUAAAGCAAGAAUGGAAUAUGGUAUUCGAAGAACUUCCAGUGUUGACCAAAAAAAAGAAAACCAGAAAGCAAGCUAAAGAUAUUCGCACUAUUGAUCACAUCAAAGAGGUACUCCUAAAAAGAUUAGGGUAUGUGCCUGUGUAUAUGUUUUUGAAUUUGAUGGCAAGUAUUUGUGGAACUCCAGAGGGCCCCUAUAGAAAAUCUGAACUGUAUUUAAUUAUUCUAUACAUGCUAGUUAAAAACAAGUCAGCUGAUGAGUUGGAUUCUUUAGAAAUCAUUCCAUCAACAUCCAUAAGAAGAGUUGCUGAUCAGAUUUGGGAUGAUAAUCGAGAUGAACUUAAUGUCAAAGUUGACCAAUUAUUGGCCAAAAUGUUUUCCUCACACAUUCUCAGAAGUGUAACAGCCAAAUUGGAGAAUGAUAAGGAUUUUUUGUUUGCAACCAUGUUCCUUGAUGGUCAUGACACAAGAAUUGAAUAUAAUAACCUGGCCACCUAUUCUAGAUUUGAUUAUUGGUCUUUUAAAUUCAAAAAUUCUGGUUUAAGAACCCAGGUAUUAAUGGAUGUUAAUGAAUUUACCUUAGCUGUAUCCAAAUCAGAAGCAUGUAAGGCCAAUACAGACAUGAAAAUGUUUACAAUUAUGGACAUACAUAAUAAUGUCGAUAUGACAAAUCAUGAUGUUGUUUUUUUGGAUGGUGGUUACUUUUUAGGAAUGAACGAUUAUGUUGAGAGUUUACAAGAAAAAGGAGUAGAGUUUGGACUUGACAAUUUCCGUACACCUAUUAGAAAAUCAAGAAAUAUCCCUUUUGACGACUCAGAGGCUGCUUAUAAUGAGAAAUUUGGUGCCUUUCGAGGAACCAUAGAGACUCUGUUUUCAUUUUUGGCUGAGAAAUUUGAAUAUUUUUCAAACAAAAAUCAUGCCUCUUGUGUUGCUGAAAUGGAGCAAAAGUGGAAUUUACAGUUCAAAGUGUGUUUGUUAUUGGUUAAUGUUUUAAAGUUUUGUAAGAAGUUUAAUGUUGAGACACAAACCAAGCACAGAUUGUGGAUAAACAAAGAAUUUGAUUUUGAGUUCAAUACUGACAAAAAGUUAAUUCCAACACCGGUAUUGCAAGAGCAAUUACAAUAUUCCAGAGACUCUCUUAAAAAACAACAAGAUUAUUUGGAUAGAGUGUUAGAGAUGACAGAAGAAGAAUUAGAAGAAGAACUUGAGCGUACUUUUAGUCUUUCUGAUUUUCCACAAUUUAACCCCAGCCAAGAUAUUACAAUAUCCAAACCAAAAUCAAAUCCUCAAUCAGAAAUUCCACCUAGAUCUCAAGUAAGAUCAGAAACAUCACAAAGAUCUCAAUCAAGAUUAGAAACACCACCAAGAUCUCAAUCAAAUCCUCAAUCAGAAAUUCCAUCAAGUCCUCAAUCAAGAACAGAAAUUCCACCAACAUCUCAAUCAAGAUCAGAAACACCAUCAACAUCUCGAUCAAGCCCUCAAUCAGAAACACCACCAAGAUCUCAAUCAAGAUCAGAAACAUCACAAAGAUCUCAAUCAAGAUUAGAAAUUCCACCAACAUCUCAAUCAAACCCUCAAUCAGAAAUUCCACCAAAAUCUCAAUCAAGAUCAAAAACACCACCAAAAUCUCAAUCAAAAUCAAAAACAUCACCAAGAUCUCAAUCAAGUCCUCAAUCAAGAUCUGAAACACCACCAAAAUCUCAAUCAAAUCCUCAAUCAGAAAUUCCACCAAAAUCUCAAUCAAAAUCAAAAACACCACCAAGAUCUCAAUCAAGAUCAGAAACAUCACCAAUAUCUCAAUCAAGUCCUCAAUCAGAAACACCACCAAGAUCUCAAUCAAGAUUAGAAAUUCCACUAAGUCCUCAAUCAAAAUCCAAACGAAAUCAUCCAACAAAAAGGAAAGGAUAUUACUCACCGAAUGAUGAAGACGCAAAAAGAGUCACACUUUCAAAAGAAUACCAAAAGGGUGUAUCAGGUAACAAAAGAAGUAGAAAACCGCCACCCACUUUCGAUGCUUAAUGGUUUGGUUUGACUAGUAUUGGCUUUGUUUUGUUGGAGCGGCCAAUUAAUGUUGGCCCGGGCAAAUAGGUUUUGGCGUGGCGGGAAACCAUUGGCGUAGCGGGAAACUGUUGGUGUGGUUGGCUUUUAUUUGCCCCACCAGCAACAAUUUACAACUACAACAACCAAAAACAGUACCAGAAACCACCUACCACCACCAACACACACCAUUUUGGAGUUACCCUCCUGACGGAAGAAAAUAGGAAAAGAUGUAUGUGAGAAUUUCACGAGGGAGGUGAUCUAGUUGUUGAGACAUUUUUUUUUAAUCUAUUAUUUGGAAGAUUCAACUUGGCAUUGUAAAGCUCAACCAUUACAAAAAAGUGAGAAGUUGAAAUUCGAACAAAAUCUGUAAAACACCAAAAAAUAGAAAUCAUCACUUAGUUGUUAUUAAAUCCUUAAUAAAAACUCAUC